CAAUUGAGGAGACUCUCUCUGUCUGUCCAUGAUAAUAUGAUAUGAAGAUUGAUUUUUUUUUGAAUCAUUCUGUGGGUUUUAAAAAAGGGUUUCUGGGAUCUUCUUGUUCUCCUCUUCCAUCACUUAUUUUAAAUCUUGUUCUUAUUUUAUAAAGAAUCCAACUUUUGUUCAUACAAAAAGUCGACACUUUUUCAGGGUUUAGGGUUUUUCUUAUCCUAUUCUUGAUACCUCUAAACCAAAAGCACUUGUCUUUCUAUCCGAUUCAACUUCUUUCCCACUCAUUUCCAGUACCCUUUUGAUUUGGGAGUUGGGUUUUCCAAUUUUCGUCCAUUUCUGAAUCUUUCUUGAAAGUUCAUGGAAAAAAACUUCAUCUUGAACAAGAUUUCAUGAAUUUGGGGGUGAAUUGAGUUUCUUGAAAGAUGUCUUCUUGUUUAAGUGGGGGUACAGGAAGGGCUUAUGGAUUUGAUAUUGAGAAUAUUGUCAAAUGUCCAUCUACAACUUCUAGUAGAACUUCUCAUUCAUCUUCUCCAUCUUCAACUCUCUCUGAAUCGAGCAAUUCUCCGAUAGCAAUCUCGAAUCGAAAACCCCGAACCCCUCGAAAAAGACCCAAUCAGACUUACAAUGAAGCAGCUGUUCUUCUCUCCAUAGCUUGCCCCAAAGUUUUCUCAACCAAAAACCUUACGAAGAAGACCAAUAAUCUUUCCAAAUUCACCGGACAACAUGGUAAUUCCUUAAAUGAACCACCGGAGUUACUUUUACCGUUUCCGGUGAUUGAAAACUCCGGCUUCCUCCUUCAUCAGCCAAUUAUGGAGAAACCCAGUUCAUUGUUUGAGUCAAAAGUGGCGAGUUCUUGCGAGAGUCCACGGGAAAUCGAAUACCGGAACUGUAAUUCGGGUUCGGAUUCCAUGGAAUUGUGUGAUGGGUAUCAAGAUGAUUUUGAUACCGAGUCGAUGCUUGAUGAGGAAAUUGAAGGGGGGAUAGAUAGCAUCAUGGGGAGUUGUAAUUCAACAAUCCAAAACGAUGAAUCAACUAAUAAAUCUUGUUUAAAUUCAAAAACUUGCUACGGGUAUCCAAUGGGGCUGGGUUUUGGUGGGAAUUUGGAAUUCAAUUUCAGUUUCGGAAUGAGGAAUGGAGUGAGAGCAUUGAAGAAUGGUGAUGAUGGGAAUUGGUGGAGUUUCCCGACGGUGAAUGUGGUUAACAUUUCGCCGCCUGUGGUGGCAACAGCGGUGGCUCCGGCGAAGAUAAAGAAAGCUCCGGUGGAACAGAAGAAGAAGAAAGUGGAGGAAUUGCUGAAGAUGUCGGAAUCGGAAUCGGGACGGGGGAAUUUGAAUCAAGGAGAGGAGAAUUCUAGUCCUGAAAUUGGGUCCCGGUUGCUACUGAAACUAAAUUACGACGACGUUUUGAGUGUUUGGUCGGAUAAAGGGUCGCCGUUGCCGGAGGAAAUUUCCGGGUCGGAGUCUCCUGGAGGUGACAUCCAUGCCAAAUUAGCACGAAUAGACCUGUUUUCAGAAAACGGUGCGUUAAGAGAAGCUAGCGUGAUGCGUUACAAGGAGAAAAAACGUACUCGUCUCUUUUCCAAAAAGAUUCGAUACCAAGUCCGAAAGGUCAAUGCCGAUAGACGGCCUAGAUCUAAGGGGCGGUUUGUAAGAAGGCCAAACUCUCCUACUUGUGAGGACACAUAACACUCUUUUGCCCCCUUCAUCUUUUGUUGAUGACAUUUCUGGUCCUUUUUGUUUGCUUUUUUUACGUUUCCGGACCCUAUAUUUCUUUAUUUUGAAGAGAGGUGAGACUAGUUAAGAGGAGAAAUGGAUAGGAAGAAGAGAGUAGAAAGAGAGAUUGUUCAACAUCUUUGUUAUCUAUAAUUCAAUUAUAAAUUUUGUUUU